GCUCAUCUCCAUCAGGUCAACAUGAAAAUCUUCGUCUGUUUGCUGGCUGUGGCCGCUGUGGCUCAAGCAGGAUUCAUUGGAGGAGGCGGCGGUGGCGGUGGUGGAGGCUACGGUGGUGGUGGCUCUUCCCACGGUGGCUACGGUGGAUCCUCCCAUGGCGGCGGAGAUGCUGGUGGUGGCUACAGCUAUGGCGGCGGUGGCUCUGAUCACGGUUCAGAUCACCAUGGCGGUGGAGGCUCGCCGCCCGUCAAGGUCAUCAAAGUGAUUCACGAAUCUGCUCCAUCCGGCGGCGCAGGAGGCUGGCAAUCUGGAGGAGGAGGCGCUGGUGGCUGGUCUGCUGGCGGUGGUGGCGGUCAUGGCGGCGGUGCCCAGGAGAUCAAAAUCAUCAAGAUCAUCUCGCAGCAGGCUUCGUCUGGAGGUCAUGGAGGCGGCGGCUACGGAGGUUCUUCGGGAGGCUAUGGUGGUGCAUCCAGCGGUGGCUGGUCUUCCGGUGGAGCUUCCAGCGGUGGUUGGUCCUCGGGCGGAGCUUCCAGCGGCGGUUGGUCCUCUGGAGGAGGUGGUGCUGAGGCCCCCACUGCCGUGAAGAUCAUCAAAAUCAUCUCAGAAUCGGACUCGGGAGCCGGCGACUCCGGUGGUUGGUCCUCGGGUGGUGCACCCGGCGGUGGCUACGGUGGUGGAUCUUCCAGCGGUGGCUGGUCUUCCGGCGGAGCUUCCAGUGGCGGCUGGUCCUCGGGUGGCGCCUCCAGCGGAGGCUGGGCUCCCCAGGGCGGCGGCAGCAGCUGGUAAUUGUGAUAACCCCUGAUUUCAUAGUUUUCACUCACCCACCCAUUGUUCCAUUUCACAUUCAUUCUCUGUUAUUGCCUCAUUCCACCGUAUUUGUUAAAUAAAAGUUUUCUGUUUGAUC